GUGACGCGAGGACAGCCUCUCUGGUAGAUUUCUCUGGUUAGAGUUAGGGCAGGGGAAUAGAUCCCCAGGAGAGCCAAGGAAGAGUAGGACGCGUUCCCUGCCUCGGAGGAGCCCGCACGCCCGUUAGCAGACAGGCACAGGCGAGCUCCGCCGACAAGGCAGCUGCCUCAGCAUGGAGAGCCCAACCGGAGUGGCGGCCACCCCCAGGGCGCUGCCUUACUACGUGGCUUUCUCCCAGCUGCUGGGCCUGACUGCAGUGGCCACGACGGGUGCCUGGCUCGGUCUGUACAGGGGCGGCAUCGCCUGGGAGGGCGCCCUGCAGUUUAACGUGCACCCCCUCUGCAUGGUCAUAGGCCUGAUCUUCCUGCAGGGAGACGCCCUGCUGGUUUACCGUGUCUUCAGGAAUGAGACCAAACGCACAACCAAAGUCCUGCACGGCCUGCUGCACGUCUUUGCAUUCAUCAUCGCCCUGGUGGGCCUGGUGGCGGUGUUCGACUACCACAGGAAGAAGGGCUACGCUGACCUGUACAGCCUGCACAGCUGGUGUGGCAUCCUGACGUUUGUUCUCUACUUCGUGCAGUGGCUCGUGGGCUUUAGCUUCUUCCUGUUCCCCGGAGCUUCGUUUUCUCUGCGGAGCCGCUACCGCCCGCAGCACGUCUUCUUUGGCGCCACCAUCUUCCUCUUCGCUGUGGGCACAGCCCUGCUGGGCCUGAAGGAGGCGCUGCUGUUUAAACUUGGGGCCAAGUACAGCACAUUUGAGCCUGAGGGCGUCCUGGCCAACGUGCUGGGCUUGCUGCUGGCCGGCUUUGGCGUGACUGUGCUCUACAUCUUGACCCGCACGGAAUGGAAGCGGCCACUCCAGGCCGAAGAACAGGCUCUCUCCAUGGAUUUCAAGACGCUGACCGAGGGCGACAGCCCCGGCUCCCAGUGACAGCCUGCCCUUGUCCCCCUGGGAGGGCCUGGCUGUUCCAGGAGGUUCUGAUAGGCAUCUGUGCCGUGCCCUGUCGAGGCUGUCUUCAGGAUCGGCGGCUCUCCGGGAGGGCUCGGCAGUGUGGGUGGGGACCGUGGGGGCAGCGUUCCCCUUGGAGCGCUGAUUUCUGGGGUUUAGGGCUUGGCCUCCUCUACUUUCUUCUCCUUGCUGCUGCUUUAGAGUCUUGUUAGUCAUGCACAGACCCCUGCCCCUGUAGUCACUGUCACCCCCUCAAAUCAAGAAGCUUCGGGUAGGAUUUUGGGUGGUCGGUCUUGGUCACAAAGGCACAGAUCCCUAAAGGAGAGGCAGAGUGGCUCUUGCCUUGAGGCCGCGGAUGCUGGGCCGAGUCCAGUGGCUGCAAAGAGCACAAAGCUGUGGGAGAAACCGGGGCUUAGUGACAGGCCUGGCGAGGCCAAGACUUGCUUUGUGCAACGCUGAAUUCAAACCAGGAGUCGAGCUAGUCUGAAUAACACGGUGGUGUGAAUGGGCCCAGUCUUUGGCAGCAGAGCAAGUGAUAUUAUGUGUAAACUAUGUUGGUGUUCGGAGCAAGGUUCCCCAGGAGAGGGGAGGGCCCGGCCCCUGGGAAGCUCUGGAGAUGUGGCUCCGGCCCAGCUGCGCUCUUGGCCUCCCCUUUCUUCAGUCCUCAGCCCCAAGACGCUGUGCGGGGAGAGGGAGCGGGCACAGGGCUGAGACAGACUGUACUUGGCGGCUGAGAGAAGAGGAAGGAGGUGGCCCCGCGCUGGCGGGCUGGUGGCGGGCCGGCCACUCCCUGCAGGGGCCUGGCCCCCGGCGCCCUCACAGGCUGCCUUAGGUGCUGCUCUGGCUCUGCCUGAGGCCAAGGGCACAAUCUUUUUUUUUUUAAACAAAAAAACGGCCCUGUUGCCCCCUUCCCCUUUCAGUGGGGAAGGCCGGGCCGUCUGCUUCUGUCCAGGAGGGGAGCCUCAUGCCCUUACCUGGGCCCAUCUUCACAGGAGGUGGGGAAGGAGUUGGAAUCCGGUCACCCCCCGCCCCCCCCCCCCAGCUGCACGAGCGUGUUAUGCUGCCCCCUGAGUCACUCUUUGGCUUCAGUCUGGCAGUAACGUGAUUAGAGCGUUGACCUUGUGCUUCCUGGACUUGGCAAAUGCUCUCUUCUUGUUUUCCUCAUUUUCUGGGCUUUGAGGAAUGUGACAAGUUUGAAACAGACACAGCUUACUUCAGUGACGAAAUGAAUGAGAUUUCUAAACCUGACUACUGUUCUGUAGACGUUGCCUCUUUCUCUCUGAACCGCUGCCUUAGAGAGAGGUGCCGGCCUCCUCUGAUCCUCAGAUUUCUAACGCUCGACUUUGCCACGGGCCCUGCCUCAGGUGACGCCAGUUUUCUAAGCAGGUGCCACCGGCGCGGUGCCCUCCCCAGCAGGGCCGCCCAGGCCCCGCCCAGCCUCUCCCCACAUCCCCACCUCCCUGCAGCUUGUCCGGACUCGGACUCGCGGUCGUCGGCCUACACCACGUGCUCCACCAGGCAGGGGCUUGGUCAGUUCUCUCAUCGCCCGGCUCAGGCCGUAUAGCCAGAUACUUAACACACGGAGAAACUCCCACUUGGACAAACUACCAAAGUACAAGUGUAUAUCUCCCCCGUCAGAACGCCACUUAGAGAAGAACCUUAGAUUUGCAGUAAGAAUCUGUAAACUGGUCUGUGUGCCAAAGUGUGUGUGGGAUGAUCAAGGAGGCCCCCUGAAAGCUGAUAGGUUGUGGUUUAUUUGACUUUGCCUGUGGCCGGUCGUCUGUGAAGUACAAUGUAGUGCUGGUGGGACAGAUGAUUCAAUAAACAUCUACAGCAGCUC